CUGAAUCCAAUGCGACCAUAGCCAUGGCAGAGCCAGGGCCUUACACUGUCCCGAACUACGACCUUUUCGGUCAUCAUCAUCACAGCAAACCCUUCAAGGACAAAUCGCACUUCGUCCAAAAAGAUAUCCGCCAUCCCAAGUGGCUGGAUGAACCUCCUGCUAUAAGAUCCAGGGCAGAGCUGCAACAGGCCCGCAAGCAGGGCAGAAUUCCCGAAGUCAAGAGCUACGACUUUGAUGGUGAUGGCGUCGUUGGGCAACUGGACUAUUUUAUAGGUAAAUGCUUCGACCAAGAUGCCGAUGGUCGGCUCACCACCGGUGAACGCCGGCGAGCCGAAAAGGCACUUCAAAAUGGUUUCUUGGACAAGUUCGUGAGGGGUUUGGAUGCAACUGGUGACGUCCACAAAUGCGGCCCGAUCAAGCAGAAGCGUGGGGUGAUUUGCGGCCCCGACAGUGCCAAUGAAGCUAGUGUUUCGACGUACCCACCUCAUUUCAAUGCUGACAAAGUGCCGGAACACUACACCAGGACCACCUUGAAAGAGACCAGAAAAGCAGAGCUGAAGGGUGCAGGUCUGGUGCAUGGUGAAAACUGGGCUGCUCGUUGUGAGCCAGUCAAAGAGCGGCAGCCCCCCAAUCACGAGACGCAGCCCAGAACUUGUCCCAUCAGCCAUAUCCGUGAACGGGCAGAGGGCGACCACCAGUUGGCUCGCGUGCGUGGUGGAUUGAUGCCCAUGAGCUACCCGGUGAACCCAGAACGUGAGUACAAGACUGUGGGAAUCGAACGCACGGAGGAACCCAUCUUUCGGACACGCAGCCAGCUUCUAGAGACUCGGAAAGAGCUCAUGAAACGUGACAACGAGGAGUUGCGAGCUCAAGGCGAUGAGUACUACGUGCCAUUGUCUAUCCGCAAUGGGGAACAGGAGGUGAAUCACCAUCUCUUCCGUGAGCCAAGGGAAGAGCCGCAGACUUUGACGAAAAUGAAGGAUCAGAGAAGGAAAGACAAGAUGGAGUACGACAUGACGCACUUCAGCUUUCCAAAAGCCUUCCCUCGGCAGUACCCCAAAUAUUCCGACCAUCCUGACAUCCCGUUCUGGGUGUCCAAUGCUGAGAGUGCUCGUAUUGGAGAGGCUCCACCAAGGGCAAUGCCAAGGACCAUCAGUGAACCCACCUUCAAGGUCACAGAACUUCCUUAUGGCGAUGAACCCAGUGUCAGCUAUGACAACAUCGCAGAUUCUGGAAAAGAGCUGGCUGCGGGAAAGUUCUCCACCAAGCAGAUGACUCUGGGAAGUAAGACGGUGAAGCGGUGGUCUACGGAUAUGCUGGAGCGCGGGCAGGCACGAAAUCAGCCGCGGCUUUUUGACAAUAUCCGACCAGUACGCAUUGGUCCCAGGGAUUUGGAACAAUUGGACUUGACGUCCUCCUUUGAGCCCAUCAGAUCAGCGGCACUGCGCCGGCAAGCGGAAGAAAGGAAGCGGAUGGCUUCCAUCCCCAAGCGCAGCCGUCUCUACGUGGAUCCUAACGAGGAACCGAACCUGAAAACGGUGGCCUCACAUGGCAAUGGUGGGCGGGGCUCCUUCAUUGACUCCUCAGAUCAUGGCUCUGGGCCUCGUGUGGAGCCACCAAUGUCCGCAACUUCAGCUGCGACCAGGAUGCCUUCACGUCGUCCCCUUGGGAAUGAUAUGCGGCCUCCAGUCAUUGAGUCGCCCAAAGAGCCGGGGAUCUUUGGGACUCAAAACAUGACCCGGCCACUUCAGUCCGGUAUUCGCUGUGGUGGUUUCCAGCAUUUGGACGGCACGUGCAAGACCUCAGAGUUAAGUCGUCCAAGCCUUCAUGAGAGCAGACAUUCAAGUUCCAGGCCUGAGCGUCGAGCACAGGACGAGAGCAGCUGAGGAAGUUUUGUCCUCAGGCUCAUGACAAAAAGAGGCCAACAAUUCAAAGUGUACAGAGGUGUGAAUGCAUCACUGGUAGAGGAUAGGCGGUGGCUUUGGUCUCCACUUUUGGACACUGGCUUACAAUCUUUGAAACUACACUUGUUUUCUAGUGAUGCAACUUUUUGCAUUUGGGCUAUUUGAGAUUUCACUCCAACUACGUGUACCCUUUCAAAGAAAGGGCACAGCCGCAAGUGGACUGCAUGGCCUGCUUUGAUGGCUAAAA